CUUUGAACUGGGUAGUUUUGUUCCUAUCUCUCACCAACUGUACCAGGACCUGGUAUGUUAUGGCAAAGGGCUGAGGCUGAAAGAACUAUUAUCUGUUGCCAACAUGCAGUCUAGAUUUCCACAUCCCUUCCAUCUGUGGAUAUAUGAAUAUUUCUUCCCAGUCCCAGGAACAGGAGAACUUGGGAAAAUGGUGUCACAUGGAUUGAGAAGUCUCAAAGACUUCUGAGGGUUUGAUGGAGACUUUACAACACUCCAAACCAUUGCCUUGCAAUGAAGCUUUGGGUACUAGAUCUUUGGAACCACAGUACUUGCAACAACAUGGGGCUUCAGGACAGCCAACAUCAUACUAAGAAGAAACUCAUCUUAUGCCUUGCCUUAAAGGAAGAGAGAUCAUCCUGAAUGGAAAAAUCAAAGAAGAAAAAGAAUACCAGCAGCUUACAACACACUGUAAAUAGCUCAUCAGGGCCCAACCAAGUAAUCCUUACUAGUGAUUCCAACCUUCAUAGACAUUCACCAAGAACAGAAAGGCUUAAUCCUUCUAAAAUCAUCAAAAAAAAUACUCAGAUAAAGAGACCAAGUACUGUCACCCUAUUGAAACGAUCCAAAAGGGGAAGCAUGUCUGAUGGUCUGACUCAACCCCCUAUAAUUCCACCCCGAAGACCAAGAUUUAGACUGUGCUACAUUUGUGGAAAAGAAUUUGGUUCUCAGUCAAUUUCCAUUCAUGAACCCCAGUGCCUGAAAAAGUGGCACAUUGAAAACAACAAGUUACCCAGAAAUCUCAGAAAACCAGAGCCCCCAAAACCAAAACCUCUCAGUGGUACUCCUUCUUAUGAUUUGCAGUCUAUCAACAAGGCUGCCUUUGGGAGUGCUCAGGCUCAGCUAUUGCCUUGUGAACACUGUGGUCGAACUUUCUUGCCUGACCGUCUUCUUGUUCACCUAAGAAGUUGUAAGCCAAAAGCUAAUUUCUCUGAGAAUCCCCCUGGCAAGAAGAAAACCCUUGGUGGAUUCAUGUCCCCACCAAAGACUCUCCUCUGUUACGUCUGUGGCAGAGAGUUUGACAGCCAGGCUCUUUCUGCCCACGAGUCAGAGUGCCUGGAGAAAUGGAAAGCAGAAAAUGAGCGACUCCCCAAAGAGCUCCGACAGAUACCUCCUCAGAAGCCAAAGUGUUAUUCAGCCGAGCCAGCUAAGCCUGAGACUUCUGAGAGUCAUAAGGAUACACAAAUGGUGUGCUCCAAGUGUAACAAGAACUUUAUACCAGAUCGUCUUCACAUACACCAAAAAAUCUGCCAAGUUCAAAUCUCUAAUUCCAGCACUUUUAAAGGUACAAGCAGUGGGAAGGAGUCAAUAAAAAUUCAGCAACAAAAGAACAAGGCAGGAUCCUCCAGUUCUGACAAGCCCCCAGUGAAAAGACAACCACCAACAAUUAUUUGUUACAUUUGUGGUCGUGAAUUUGGAACUAAGUCCAUCAGUAUCCAUGAGCCACAGUGUCUGAAAAAAUGGCAUAAUGAAAACAAUUUGUUGCCUAAAGAGUUACGGAGACCAGAACCGAAAAAAACAGAAGUCAGAACCAUUGGAGCCAAAGGCUACUAUGAUCUAGAUGCUAUAAAUGAAGCUGCCUGGACAAGUGCCCAGAACCAGUUGGUUCCAUGUGAUAACUGUGGGCGUACCUUCCUGCCAGACAGACUAGUCGUCCACCAGCGGUCCUGUAAACCUAAAACAGCCAAGUAAAGCCUUCUCUCACAA